AUGGAGUAUUUAUAUUUUUGUUUCGGAUGUGGAUAAAUUAAUAAUGGUGAUGAAUUCUAAAUUAAUGAAAUGAAAUCGAGAGAUAUACAAAUUUUAAAUUGUUAAAAAUGUAAAUAAUAAACUAUUUGCAUUUAAUGUUUAGAUUGCAAAAUGUAUAAGUAAAUUGAAAACUAUUAAUUUUAGAUAUUGUAUCGAUCAGGAUAUAAAUAAAAUAAUUUAAUGUGUAUGUGGAAGUAAAUAGAGAAACUUUAAAUGUAAUUUUUGUAAAAAUGCGCUUGUAAUAAAAGAUAAGAACUUAAAAUAAACAACAGAAAUUUGUUGUCAUUUUUGUAAGAACAAUUUUUAUAUAAUAAAUUGUCCAGAUUGUUAAUCUAUGAAAUUUAUAGCUUCAUCAGAUAAAAUUAUUUUUUGUUCAGAAUGCAAUUUAUCGUUUAGAAUAGAUGAAUGUAAAUUAUGUAAAGAAGUUGCUUUUUCGAGAGAUUAAGUAGAACCAUUUUUCUUUAAAUGUUAAAAGAAUCAUUAAUAUAUGGAAAUUAAAUGUGUUUAAUGCAAUAAGAUAAAUAAAAUAAAUGGAACUUAGGAGAUCAAUUAUAAAUGUUAAUUUUGUGCAACAAACAUGAAAAAAAUAAUUUGUUUAUGUGGUUAAAAUCAAAUAAGGAAAACUACAAAUGAUUAAGUAGAUAAAUUUAAGUGCAUCAAAUGCACAUUAGAAUAUAAAAUAAUAAAAUGCAAUUCAAAUGGUUGUUCUUUUCCUAUUCUCUAAUUAAUUAAACCUCCAAUAGAAAUAAAAGAAACCGAUACUGGUCCAUUUAAUGAGAUCACAAAUAUAUUUUGUUUCUUUUGUAAACAAUAGAAAUAUAUUUCUACUUGUUUAAGAUGUCAUAUUCAAUCAUAACCAUAUGAUAACCCUUUUGAUGAACCUAAUUAUUGUUAAAAAUGUAAAUAAUAAUUUAAUGAAUACAAAUAUCCAAAAUGCUCUAUUUGUCUAUGUAAAAAAG